AUGUCGGAUAGAUCUGCUCGCCGCUCGACUGGCGCGCCUAGCCCUCCGUCCAACGCCGCCGAGGCCGCUGGAGUCGCGAAGUCUCGCAAGGGAAGGUCCAAGAGCCCCAUCCCUGCCACUGCCACUGCCACCGCCGGCGCUUCUUCACGGCCCUCGCGCGCACGCAAAUCCCCGGCGCGGAGCUCGCCCGACUCGGACGACUCGCCGAAGCAAAGGAAGACGAGGAGCAAAGCCAAGGAGGAGGCGGACGAGUUCGCGGCUGGCGGCGCUCCGCCUAUCCUCACUCCAAAACCGAAAACGAGGGGUGAGGUAAAGAAGGCCAUCAAGGAUGCGCUGGGACCGGCAUAUCUGAGUCCCACUGCCCCCCGGCCAAUGGCACCUGCGCCGGCGAAGAAGGAUGCUGGUAGUCCGAAGACAGGGGCGAGUAAAGGGAAGAAGACCACGAGCUCAAAGAAGAAGACCACUCCCGCGGUGAAAAAGAGGAAAACAACAGCGCGGAAGGAGAAGGCCGAGCCAAAGAAGACGAGUCCCCCCGCGAAGAAGGACAAGAAGACGACGACGACGAAGCCCACGGCAGCGAAGAAACCCAAGGUCACGCUCACCGUAGAUGACAACACGGGCUCUGACGACGAGGUCACUGCUGCGCCUCCAACAGUCGCAGCCAAGGCGAAGAAGGCGACUUCCAAAAAGGCGACUGCUCCUCCGAAGAAGACCGCCGACGCCGACGACGAGAAGAAAGACAAGGACGAGGACGAGGGCAAGCAGCGAAAGACAAACGGGAAGAAGGACGCCAAGAAGCUGGCGGCGGCGACGACAUCGCAGCAGCAGAAGGAUGAGCCGGACAAGGAACCAGCGAAAAAGGUAGCCGCGUCUAAGAAGAAGGCGGCGGCGAAGGACAAGACCCAAACUACCACGACGACCGCCACGGCCCAAAAACCAGACCCUAAGAAGGCCGCCAAAGCUAAGCCAAAGGCGGCGACCAAGGCGGCGACCAAAACCGCGACCAAGGCUACCACCAAGGCUACCACCAAGGCUAGCAAGAAGGACACCAAGAAGGACACCAAGAAGGACACCAAGAAGGACACCAAGCCCAAGGCUGCCACCGGCGCAAAGGUUAUCAAGAAGACCUCUGCGAAGAAAGCUGCCCCGGCAAAGGACGGCGCUGGACAGUCCAAGGCUCCUGCGAAGAAGCGUGCCACGAAAAGCACCGUCAAGUCGCAAGCAAAGUCAACUUGA